GUCCCUUCUCUGCAGGCAAGGGGGGUUAGGGCCACCCACCUCCUCCUGGGUUUGGGUUGGGUUUUAUUUUGCUUUCCCUUCCGCCAAGAUUGCCUUGACUUUUAGCAGGGACCAGGCCGGGCUGGGGAUCAGGGAGAUUGCUCCUGGUUCGGUGACCGCCCAAGAUGUCAGAAGAAGUCAUUGUCCCCGUUUAUUGCACCGGCGUCUCGGCACAGGUCCAGAAGCAGCGAGCCAAAGACCUGGGUUUGGGGAAACACGAGAACGCCGUCAAGUACUUAGGCCAGGAUUACGAAAGGCUUCGGAAUGAAUGUUUGCAGAACGGGGCACUCUUCCGGGACGAGACCUUCCCUGCCUCCGCCGCGUCUUUGGGUUUUAAAGAGCUGGGAGCCAACUCCUCCAAAACGUACGGCGUCAAAUGGAAACGGCCCACGGAACUUUGCCGCAACCCACUCUUUAUCGUCGAUGGCGCCACCCGCACAGACGUCUGUCAAGGAGCUCUGGGCGACUGCUGGCUCUUAGCAGCCAUUGCUUCGCUCACGCUGAACGAUCCCCUUCUCCAUCGCGUGGUCCCUCAUGGGCAAAGCUUCCAGAAUGGCUAUGCUGGCAUCUUCCAUUUCCAGAUCUGGCAAUUUGGCGAGUGGGUAGAUGUGGUGGUGGAUGACCUGCUCCCAACCAAAGAUGGCAAACUGGUGUUUGUGCACUCAGCAGAAGGCACCGAAUUCUGGAGCGCCCUUCUUGAAAAGGCCUAUGCCAAGUUGAACGGAUGCUAUGAGGCUCUGUCUGGAGGGAGCACCUCCGAAGGGUUUGAAGACUUCACAGGAGGCGUGACGGAGUGGUACGAUCUCCGCAAGCCACCGAGCGACCUCUUCCAGAUCAUCUUGAAGGCCCUGGAGAGGGGAUCUCUCAUGGGUUGCUCCAUUGAUAUUACAAGCGCUUUCGACAUGGAAGCUGUCACUUUCAAGAAGCUGGUGAAAGGCCAUGCCUAUUCUGUCACUGGAGCGGAGCAGAUCAACUAUCGAGGGCAGAGGGUCAGUCUGAUCCGGAUACGAAAUCCCUGGGGAGAAGUGGAAUGGACCGGAGCCUGGAGUGAUAACUCUGGAGAGUGGAACGUGGUGGAUCCAUCCAUUGGGCAGCAAUUGAGAAUUAAAAUGGAAGAUGGCGAAUUCUGGAUGUCCUUCCAAGACUUUCUCAGGGAGUUCUCCCGCCUUGAGAUCUGCAACCUCACGCCAGACGCCCUGAAGUCGCGCAAGUUCCGGAAGUGGAACACGACGCUGUACGACGGGACCUGGCGAAGGGGAAGCACGGCUGGUGGCUGCAGGAAUUUUCCAGCCACAUUCUGGAUCAAUCCCCAGUUUAAGAUACGCCUUGAUGAGAUCGACCAUGAUGAUGAGGAAGACCGGAGAGAACCGGGCUGCAGUUUCCUUCUUGCACUGAUGCAGAAGCACCGGCGCCGAGAGAGGCGGCUUGGCAAAGACAUGGAGACCAUUGGCUUUGCAGUCUAUGAGGUUCCAUCAGAGCAUAUAGGACAGCCUUCGGUCCACCUGAAACGUGACUUCUUCCUCGCCAAUUCCUCGCGGGCCCGAUCCGAGCAGUUCAUCAACCUGCGAGAGGUCAGCACCCGCUUCAAGCUACCUCCGGGAGAGUAUAUUGUGGUGCCUUCCACCUUCGAGCCAAACAAGGAAGGGGACUUUGUGCUGAGGGUCUUCUCGGAGAACAAAGCAGGGACGGUGGAGAUGGACGAUCAGAUCCAGGCGAAUCUCCCAGAUGAGAAAGUGCUUUCCGAAAGCGAGAUCGACGAGGGCUUCAAGCAGCUCUUCCGGCAACUGGCCGGAGCGGAUAUGGAGAUCAGCGUCCGCGAACUGCAGACUAUCCUCAAUAGGAUCAUCGGAAAACAUAAAGACCUCCGUACCAAAGGUUUCAGUUUGGAGUCCUGCCGGAGCAUGGUGAAUCUCAUGGACAGAGAUGGAAACGGAAAACUGGGACUGGUGGAGUUCAACAUCCUUUGGACCAAAAUCAGAGGCUACUUGGCCGUCUUUAGGAAGUUUGAUUUAGACAAGUCGGGAAGCAUGAGCGCUUAUGAGAUGCGGAUGGCUCUGGAGUCGGCAGGUUUCAAGCUGAACAAGAAGCUCUAUGAAUUGAUCAUCACUCGCUACGCGGAGCCUGACUUGGCGAUCGACUUUGACAACUUUGUCUGCUGCCUCAUUCGGCUCGAAACCAUGUACAGGUUCUUCCUGGCCCUGGACUCCGACAAAGAUGGGAUUGUCACCUUUGACUUGGUUAAGUGGAUACAGCUAACCAUGUUCGCCUGAAAGAAGCAACGCGCCAACCCUGCAUGGCUGUCUGGCCUUCCUUGGACACCUUUUGUUAUUAUUUCUUACCCGCAAGUGCCUUGCGUCACUAUAAGACGGCUUCUCGCCUUUCUUUUUGCUAUUGCCGCAACCACUCCUUCCAGGAAAGGAACACACACACCCCGACACGCCGACGCAAUGCCACACCUCGCCAUGUCCCACAUGGCCUUUGCACGCCGAGACGGACUCUCUCUCGGCUCCCACCGCCGUGCCUGGACCCUUGCGGCCUCGGACGUCUUUCUAAUUUGGCGCCGCCCGAAGCCACCUCGUCUCACUCUCGAUACGUCUCUAAGCAAGAGGCCAUGCCAAGGAGUCAUGCCACGCUGUGCCAAAACCUUUUUCCUGAUAUUGCGCAUGGAGAAGCAGAGGGAAAGCAUGACCAAAGAGGCGCUCUUUUCAAAUAUCCCACACCAGCUGAUGCUUUGCUUUGGAGAUGGAGUCUGAGAAACCUUUUCCAAGCUCUGUCUUAAGACAUAUUACAUAUUAAGACAUCUUAAGCUCUGUCUUAAGAUAGUAUUAGUCUUAUUGUGAUUUCCUGCAUGGCGGGGGGUUGGACUGGAUGGCCCUAGUGGUCUCUUCCAACUCUAUGAUUCUAUGAUUCUAUGAUUAUUGUCUGGACUUUUCCAUGAUGUUUUCUCCUGUUGUCCUGGGCUUAAAAGUGUGGCAUGCUUUGAGCGUUGGACUAGGAUGCUGGGAGACCCAGGUUCAAAUCUCCGUUUGGCCACGGAAGCGGACUAGUUGACCAUAGGCAAUCUCAUUCUCUCAGCCUCAGAGGGAAGGCAAAGCCCCUUUCAUCUAAACCCUGCAAUGGGUUCAUUUUGAUCGUGUUGCCAUGCGUCUUUAAAGCAUUUCUGGCUCAAGGGGACCCUAAGGUGAACGUAUUGCGGAGUUUUCUUGGCAUGAUUUGUUCAGAAGGAUGUUUUGCUAUUGCCUUGCUCUGAGGCUGAGAGAGUGUGACUUGCCCUAGGUCUCCCAUUGGGUUUCAUGGUGACCUUAAAGCAAAUCUAUCAUGGGCUUUUCUUGGCCAGACCUUAAGGCAAAUCCAUUAUCAGGUUUUGUUGGCAAGACCUUAAGGUGAACCUAUCAUGAGGUUUUCUUGGCAAUAUUUCUUUGGGGGGAUUUUUGCUCUUGCCUUGCUCUGAGGCUGAGAGAGUGUGACUUGCCCAAGGUCUC